AGGACGGAGAUAGCAGACCCGCGUCCUAGUUCAAGUGAAGGAGAACUUCGAUUCUCCGGGCAUCUCGCGGAGAAAACGGGCGUUUCUGAAAGAGCGCGAGGACGCUUGGACACCUCAGAGAUGCUUUUUGUGGUUCCAGCCGGUGAUAUCGAUGCGUUUAUGUUGAGAACAAAACUGAGAGAUUAUUUCAAUGACUCAAUGUGCUCACUCUGAGGAGCAAAAGAGACGUUUUUGUUGGAUUCUCAGUGCUGUCCGGAGACGUGAUGACUACCAGCGCUCGCGCCCUGUUCUUGGUAUUGCUGAGUGUGCUUCAGGCUAACGGCCAGACGGAGAUGAAGAGGGUAGUUGGAGACAAUGCCACACUGCCGUGCCACCAUCAGCUGUGGCAAGCCGACACUUCUCUACUGGACAUCGAAUGGAUGCUGCAUAAAUCCAGCACACGACAGAAAGUGGUGAUCACAUACUUUGCGGGUCGAAUCUACGACCCCAAUGAGAGCGAGGUGGGGCGGCUGUCCCUGGCGGGCGACUUCCUGAAGGGUGACGCUUCACUCAUGAUCAGCGACCUCUUGCUCACUGACUCUGGAGAAUACAUCUGCAAGGUUAAGAACGGUGGAAAGUACUACUGGAACACAGUCAACCUCAUCGUGCUCUUGAAGCCAUCCAAACCGCGCUGUUGGAUGGAGGGUCGACUGCUGGAAGGAAGUGAUGUCAGAAUGAGCUGUAAGUCCACAGAUGGUUCUGACCCCAUCAGCUACAAAUGGGAGAGAGUCCUGGACAAGGGAAAAUAUUCCAGGAAGCUCCCACCUUUGGCCCUCAUAGAUCUAAAGAAUCCUGAGAUUGUGACGUUGAGAAAUCUGACGAGGGAAAGCGCAGGCGUCUAUAAAUGCACCGCCAGCAAUGAUGUCGGGGAAGAGACAUGCACUCUAGAGGUCAAGGUUCACUAUGUCCGGGGCAUGGGUGUGGUGGCGGGCGCCGUGGUGGGCGUGUCCUUUGGUGUUCUCCUCAUCAUCCUCAUUGUCUGGCUUGUUUUUCGCAAAAAAGAGAAGAAGAAAUAUGAAGAGGAGGAAGCACCCAAUGAAAUAAGGGAGGAUGCAGAGGCUCCCAAAGCCAAACUUGUAAAGCCUAACUCUCUCUCCUCCUCCCGAUCUGGAAGUUCUCGCUCGGGGGCGUCCUCCACUCAGUCGAUGGUGCACAACAGCGCCCCCCGUGGCCCCAGACCUCGCCUACCCGUCGUAGCUGCUCUUAAAGAGGGUGGGCAGCCCGAAAACUACCCUCCGGUACCGCCCGCAUAUAACCACGUGGUUUCUAAACCUCCGGAGCCCAGAAAUAGCCCGAAACCCAGCCCAGCAAAGCUCGGCCCAGGCAACCUGACCAGGAUGGGCGCCACACCUGUGAUGAUCCCCGCCCAAACCAAGGCAUUCCAGACUGUUUAGGAAUACCUAUGGACCAAAUACACACACACAUACAGUAUAUAUAUAUAUAUAUAUAUAUAACACACACACAUGCACAUACACUACAUUGAGCGGAGAAGUCGAUUCCCAGAUCUGGUAACAGGAAAGUUCCUUAAGGAUUUCUCAUUUCUAUAUCCGUGGAAAACUCACAGAGGUGGUCAGGCCUUUUAAGGAAACAUAAUGACCCUCUGUUGGAAGUGAAUUUUUUUCUGCACAUCGCCGCCCUCUUAUAUCAAAGCUAUUUUUAUUUUUGCCGCUGAUGUGCACAUUGAAGUGGAAGGUGACCCCUUGUGGAGUGUAUGUAUUUUUAAAGGGUAAAGACAAGGAAAGAGGGGGGUUUCAGAGUAGAGGGCUAUGCCUUGUGUUUUUAUGUUGGGUUUGAACAAACGCAGCAGAGUUGAACAGAGAUAAAGCUCUGCCUUUACUCAGACAGACAGCCUGUCUACCUGACCACACUCUUACAGUCUACGCUUGGUUAAAACUGACAGCUACAGAAACUUGUGUAAGGACAAUUCUUUUUUGGCACCCAUGUGUAAACCCCCACAAGGAUUCACACCUGCCACUCAUUUCCUCAGCCAAUAAGCAUUUGCCAGGCAACCCCGCAGGUAUCACACCUCAACAGCCAAUAUCAUGACACCUACUGAGCGCAGAAACUACGACUGGCCCAAAACAAGAAGAACAACCAAAUUAACACACCACAGCAUAAAGAAUAAUAGUAGAUUUUUUUUUCUUCUCAUUUAAAUAAAUGUAAGUAUUCCAUAUUUAAUGGGUAUUUAUAAGAAUUCCAUAUAAAUAUUUCAGUUAAGUAUCAGUAUAUCUAAAAACCAUUUGUAACAUAUGUCAAGUUCUUUCCCUUUAAAGCAUUCAUUCACAGUUGGAAAUAUGUCUUCAUGAUUAUGCAAACAGUAAUGGGGUUGUUUGUGUCUAUUGGGAAAUCGUUUAGACGCUUGGCUCUUGGUUCCGGGUAUUUGCAAUUGAAAUCAUAUCUCUGGUUGGUGUAUCCCAUUGGAUGCAAGCUGGAUGUUGUUGCGUCAAGCUUAUUCUAUGCUGUUAGUUUGAAUUAAAUGGAUCUGUUAAUUUCUUGCUCUAUUGAAAUUAUUACAACGAAAAAAAUGGCCCACACAGAAAGCUACGCAGAAGUUCUUCACAUACUGCAUCCCUUGUGUUUCUUAUGAAAUAUUUUGGCUGAUUUGAUGUAUGCAUUAAUCUACCAAUAAGAAUGCAGUACUCUUAGCUCACUUUAAGACAUUUUACCAUGUUUAAAUCCAUUCCGCAGAUUUUCCAGCAAAAUCAGUGCCGAAUAAAAUGAAAUAGUCUGCAUAUUCUGUCUGGGCCUGCAAAGAAGCGAUCUUUUGAAUGUGUUUAUAUUGUAUAGCUGUCUAUUUUUGCGCACUUUUCUCUUACUCAACAAUUUAGUUUUAAAUUUUCUUUAUUUUUGAAUUUUUUAGGCAUUCUGUAGGUUAGAUGCAUUAAACUCUUUAAGUGCAGAUAAGAAUUCACUAUUUUACAAACAACAAUCUUUUUUGUAACCUAAUUGAAUAAGGUUAUUCUAAUGCCUUUGCUUAUAUACUUUCUAUUUUCCAUUGUUUUACCAUCUAAAAUUUUAAUACAAUUAAAUAAAUUGAAAUGCUUGAAGAGGCAUUCAUUCCCUGAACAGUACAGAACCAGCUGGACAAAUGUGCUUUGUGACCACAUUAGUAAAUAGCAGGGGGACGUAACAUGAAUGUCUCCCUGCAAAGAGUCAGUCUUGUUAUUUAUUUCUUCAGAAUAGACGAAGAAGAUCUAAAGUGAAAGAAAAUAUUUCAAGUGACAGAACAUGUGGAAAAUGCCCUUAAGGAAAGAACUAUGUCCUCUUCCCCAAAAACCUGGGAAUAUCUGUCCCUAUGUUGUGUGCAUGGAACAAGACUAAGAUGAUAGACAGAUUUUAUUCAGAAGUACUUGGCGAGGCAGAUGAACCAAAGGCUGACCUUUUUUUUUAUCUUUCAGAACUCUUAGGGCCAAUGCAAAAGUGCACAGGAUGUGCACCCAGUUUCAUUGAUUUGGCUUCAGCUCACAGCCUGCUUGAUUUUCUGAGUUUGAAAUCUAUUUCCAAACAGGGAAAGUGAGAAAAUGAAGUGAUAUUAGUCAAAAUACUUUCUCGCAACCUGCUGUUUCUGUACGGCUGAGUCUGCUGUUGAUAUGCGCUGAGAUGCAUGAUUCAGUUGAGUUUGUGUUCGGUCUGUCACAGCUGAACAGUUUGAAUGCUGAGCUCUGAUGUUAAACACCCUGCAUACAAUUACUUGAGAGAAUGUGCAUCUAAACACUGUUGGCAAUGGACCUGCAUGACACAGAUAGCUUAAGAAAGAUGAGUAUUUUGGCUAAGUGCUAAUAUCAGUACAUUAUAUACUAAGAAUCAUAUUAUAAAAAAGGGGGUUUUGGUAAAAAUGUUACUCAUGUAAAUAAGGGACAUUUGUAUUUACAUCAAAUAUCAUUAUAAAGUACAGAAUGAACAUUGAAUGAAAUAAUAUUUUGCACUUUGACAGCGGUGCUCUCUAUAGUUUAGUCUGGUCAGUCUGGAUUUGUUUAAGACUGCAUGAGUUAGGAAACCACGAGCCACACUUUUCUUCUAUCGCUUGGUAUUUUUUUUUUUUUAAACGUUACUGUCUUUGGUCAAAAGAAAAAAAAAUACAUGUACUGUACAUAUCUCCUUUCUUCAUUUCAGAUUUAUAUUUGUACAGGAUCUUAAUGAGAUUUCCUUUGGUUUGUAAUAAAGCAUUCAAUGGCA